GGUGUCUGGACUUAUUCACUUGCUAGGUCCGCAGCCACCCCCACCCCUCCCGACACAGAAAUCAGCGCCAGAAGCGUCCCAAACACAUGUUACAAUAACAAAUACAGUUUUUGCAUCUGAGACGGUGCUGGAUUAUCGUUGAAAACGACGCAACACACGAAUAAAGGCGUUAAACCGAGUCGGAAAUCUCCCUCAUAUUCUCCCAGACACCAUGACCCGCCGUGUAGCAGUGAUUGGGGCAGGAUGCUCAGGACUGGCCUGUAUCAAGUGCUGCCUGGAUGAGGGGCUGGUGCCUGUCUGCUUCGAGAGCAGCGCUGACAUCGGGGGACUGUGGAGGUACAAGGAGAAACCAGAGCCGGGACGAACCAACAUCUAUCGUUCACUCAUUUGCAACAGCUCCAAAGAAAUGCUGUCCUACAGUGACUUCCCUCCCCCAGCCGAGUUCCCCAACAACAUGCACCACUCCCAGCUUCUGCAGUAUUUGCAGCUGUAUGUGGAGCAUUUCAAUCUCCUACAGCAUAUCCAGUUCCAGACCACUGUGAGCUGUGUGAAGCAGGGGCCCGACUUCUCUCGUUCAGGCCAGUGGGUGGUGGAGACUGAGAAAAAAGGGAGUGGCAAGGAGAGUCACAUCUUUGAUGCUGUGAUGGUCUGUACUGGACAUUACACACAGCCCCACCUUCCACUGAAGGACUUCCCAGGCAUAAGUACAUUUGCAGGGAAGUAUUUCCACAGUUGGGAAUAUGAGUUUGCCGAGGAUCUCCAGGGGAAGAGGAUUGUUGUUGUCGGGAUUGGGAAUUCUGGAGGGGACAUCGCCGCAGACAGCAGCAGGGUUGCAGAGCAGGUGUACCUUAGCACUCGACGAGGUGCCUGGGUGGUCAGUCGCAUUGGCGACGAUGGACUUCCUGCUGAUUUUAUGCAAGGUGCCCGUCUGUCCAUGCUGGUGCAGCGAUAUCUGCCAUCUUGGGCAGACAAAUGUACAGCGCAGACGGUCAACCAACACCUCAACCACCGCCUGUAUGGACUGCUGCCUUCACAUGGGUUUUCUAAACAGAUCCCUGUGGUGAAUGAUGACCUGCCCGGUCGCAUCAUCUCAGGAAGGGUGGUGGUGAAGCCCAACGUGAAGCAGUUCCGAGGCUCCAGUGUGGUGUUUGAGGACGGGACUGUGGUGGACAAAGUGGACGUGGUGGUCUUCGCCACAGGCUACAAUUACGACUUCCCCUUCCUGCCCUCCUCUUUAAAGGCCAAGGCUGGUUAUCGUAUGUCUCUUUACAAACAUGUCUUCCCGCCCAGUCUUGAGUGCCCUACUCUGGCGGUGAUCGGGUUUAUCCAUGGCCUGGGAGCCAUUAUCCCAUUGGCCGAGAUGCAGGCACGAUGGGCAACCAGGGUCUUUCAAGGGUUGCAGAAACUGCCACCGCAGAAACGCAUGCUUCUGGACAUUGAGAAAGAGACAAGGGAAAUGCAUCAGAGGUUUGCCUGCUCCAAGCGCAACCCUCUCCAAGUGGAAUAUAUCCCUUACAUGGAUGACCUGGCGCGGCAGGUGGGGGUGCUGCCCAACUUCCUGGGCCUGCUGCUGCGAGACCCUCGUCUGGGUCUGAGUGUGCUGCUGGGUCCCUACACCCCGUACCAGUACCGGCUGCGUGGACCGGGGCGGUGGGAGGGGGCUCGCCAGGCCAUACUCACGCAGUGGGAGCGGGUGACCCGGCCCUUUAAAACACGCCCUGUACCAGAGGCCCGGGCCUCUGCCGCGCCUCUGUUGCUCACUGUCUCGGGCGCUGCCCUGCUGCUCGCUGCCGUCUACUCUCAACGCAAAACCCCUGCCAUCCUGCCGGAUCCUGCAGCCGUCCUGAACAGGCUCUGCUCCCUACCAGGGAUCGUGUGGAGGAUGCGCCCCUGCCUGAAACUGCAGUGAACACAGGAAUUUAAAGAUUAAGACUGUCCUAUAAUUGACUAUACAAACUAUGAAAACUUAAAUAAUGUAAGCUGUAUGUUAUAGAGCAGACUAAAAUAAAAUAAUAAAAUUGUGUGA